CUUCUCUUAAAGUGAUUGAGGGCGUAAACGGGUAUGUUGACUACUUAGAGAAAAAGUCGAAUUGUCACCUGGAGCGAUACUCGCCGAUGUCCUCAUUUCACUUGUGGAUGUCAUUGGGUCUCGUCGAUCGGAAAGGGAAAGAUCCCAUCGGCGACGGAAGCCGCGAAAGUGUUUGUGAUUGGGCAAUCUCCACCGGUUUUUAGUUGGAACCACCAGUGACAGUGAGUUAUACGAACACCUAUACCGAUAUCACCACAAACGAACCACGCACAUGUUAACUGACUUAACGGCUUUCCCGACCCGGAGCGAAUGCUCGGUCUCAGUGGCAGAGGACGUAGGAGACGAUCGCAAAGGAGUUCAUCGAAGCACAAUUUGGAGAAAUUUCCCGGAGGACGUGAAAGCCGGGGGCGGCGGUGUGAUUGUCACCCGUGCAAACUUCGACGCGCUAAAAGCGCUUUUCCAGGAGGACAAGCUUCAAACCUUCGACCAACUGUUGGACAAGAGCGAACCGGAACUGCCUCCGUAUGAGGAGUCGGCGCUUGGAGUGGUCGACGAUGGAUUCAGGGAACGUGCGGCGGGUGAGGAUUCCGCCGAUGCAGGCUCGAACAAAAAGAUGGCGUCGCUCCUAGAAGGAGACAGCGGUGCGCAACGGAGCCCACAAAUAAAUCCGCCUGCGAAGAAGCAGAAGAGAGAAAACGAGUCGCAACGGCAGUCAAGCAAGUCUCCGGACGGAGUUGCAGCAGGAAAAAUCUGGGUCGAGGAGGGGCUGAAAGACGAUGCUGGUUCGAGUGCAGCUGGUGCGGUGGAACAAGCAACUCCAGCGCCAAUGUUUCAUCGGGUAAACGAGAACCAGUUUGUGUUUGACUUGGGCUUCGUGACUACCUGUCGCGAAAGUGUUUUGAACUACGAGCUCCAAGUUACAAACUACUACGCGCGGUACGGCGAGGGCGAUUCCGUGGCUCCCGGCGCGUCUUCCAAAAGCGAGGCGAGCAGUAGGGCCAGGAUGGAAAUGCUGACAAAUUUCGUGAGCCUCUCGCGGGCGCGUGACGAAGCGCUUUCUUCUUACAAACUGUGCGAGGAAUUUGGUCAAUUGUACCAGUUUCAUUAUGCGGAAAGACUUGAGCAGCGGCCUUCCGCUGUGGACAUCUUGCUUCACGAUAUGGACGAGCUGGGCGGACGGUUCCAAGUAGACGACAUCUCUCCCAUGGAGGAACUGAUUCGUCGCACGUACGGGAUGCAGUUGCGAGCUUCGGCGAAAAUCCCUGCAGCUGCGGCUCUGCCGAGGCUUGCCGUGGAGGUGUGUACUAUGGGCGGAGACCGCUGCUUCGAGCUGCCGCAGGCGAUCCUGCACGGGUGUCAGGAAUUUCUCCACCACACCCGGGAGUACCGGAAGACGAGCAAGAAAAUUAAGGGCAUCAAGCGUAUCGUGAUUAAUAGCGAUCUAAAGGAUUUCAACACGAAGUAUCGCAAGGACGAAACGGUGCCGGACUCGCCUUCCGUGUGGUCAAAGUUAACGCUAGAUAUCGAACUGCAGCACCACAUGCGCGAAGCUUUGGAAGCGCAGAUUGCGGCCGCUUACGAGAAUUUGAUCUGUGCUCCUGGUGUCCUUGGUUCGUCGUGUAGUACGCGGAGUGCGGCGCAAUUGUUUGAAGAUUCGGACAUUAUUAAAACAACCAUGGCGGCCAAGUUUCGGUUUCCGGAUGUUCUGCCGCUCCCCGUUAAAAAGGACACGAGCGACAGGAUCGAUUUGCAGUGGGACAUAGGAAACCACGACGACAUGUACCGAUUUGCGCACGACUUAAGGAAAGCAGUAGACAAAGCCGAUACAACAACAGCACCACAGUCAACGACCUCCCAAGGUGCCGGGGUGGAGAUUCCUAGCGUAACAAGAGGCAGGGACUUGGAAAAGCGUGGCGGCGGUUACGUCGUUGCGAAUCUACUCACCGCCGGGCUUCUGCAGCUCUGGCUGCUGGACGACGGAAGCGUGCGCCACCUACUGGCAGCGGUGGACACGAAACCGAGCGAAGGCGGGCGGGUACCCUCAGACCACCGGCUUUUGCCACAACUAGAGCCACUUCAUUUUAACCUUGAGAGGGAUGAAAAGCGUUGCCGCAUUCCCCGCUUGGGUCGCAAGAGCACUAAGGGGUUCCCUACCACCGAGUUGAAGAAGUUAGUCACGGGAGAUUUGGUCAGAAUCGGGCACAUUCGUGGCACUUUUGGUUGGCGUUGCGUGCCAUGCGGGGAUUCGCGAGCAUUGCUGCUGCGGCUGGAUCACGACGAGUGGCUUGCGUCGUCGGUGAAGCGCUCGACCGUGGCAGCAGAGUCGCAAGCGGAGAUCGACGGGGCGGUGGAGUGUGAAAAGCGCGGCGCCCCCAGUUACGAAGAUGUCGCGAAGCUGCGCUGCGAGGAGAUGCAGAAGCGAUCUCCGUGGCGCGCCUACGUUUGCGUGGAAAUGCCUGGCGCAGCAGGGGCACCAUCGCUGUCCUCAAGCAGUACGCGUGACAGUGCAAGUGCCAUUGCGGGGUACCUCCUGGUUCCGACUGGCGGCCUGUCGACUGUGUGCGCCGAACCCCACAACGAGGAGAGGGAUCGGAACUUGAUGAUGAGGGAAAACAAACGGCGCGAAAAUAUCCCGUCGAGUCGCUGCGAGCAGCUCGACGAGUGGUUGCUGAAUGACGAGAUCGCCUUUCACCCGCAGGCCGUAGGAAUGUUCAUAUCGGCGAACGACCACGACAAGAGCGGAAUGGACUUGCUGUCCCUUCGCGAGAAGCAGCUAGGGCAGGCGAAGGCGUGCGGCGCGUUGCCACCGCGAAUCUCCUACAGCGGCAUGCCGGAAAGUGUGGAUUGCGUGACGCGGUAUAAGUAAUAAAUGAAUUGCGUCCGUUUGUAAUAGGAAUUGUGCAUGCAGCAGUGAAGUGUUGAUCAACCGGGUGGUUUAAGUAUGUUGAUGCCUGCCUUACUUGUUCUCUCAGGUUCGCAACUUUGCUUGAGGCGCGGAAGCAGCUCGCUGUGAAGAAAAUCGACUGGUUUCGCAAUACUUACCCGGCUAUCUUCUUCGAGGAGAGCCCUUGGAAGCAGUUGAGAAAGCAGUUGCACGGGUGUAUUUUCGGCGUCCACAGUCUGGCACAGCCCAUCAUCGCCCAGCAGCUCGCAGAUUCCUUCGACGAACAGACAGCCGCGGCGGCGGGAUCGAGCACCAGCGACGACCAGGCGGAGGAACCAGGCGAGUUUCAACCCGCGAUUGCGGGCAGCGAAGACCGCCCGGGAUUCGUCUUCAAGGAGCAUGGCAACCGGGGUCCGGGCUACUACAAAAAAGGGAGUGCUGCGACCAGCCGUUCUUCGCCCGGGAAGCAGGAGGGGCUGCAGAUCAAGUUGACUCCUCGCAACCCGUGGCGGCGGGCUGUUCCGACGGGCGAGCAGGCCCUCGUGAAGACAGAAAAGAACCGUUUGCACCCUUUAGGAUGCGCUGACCCCACGGUCCUACCUCUGUGGUGGGCUGAUGGUGAUGAGGCUGUUCCGGACCAAAACCGUGUGAUCGCUCGGGUGUCGCCGUAUUGGCGGUUUACGCCGACCGAGCUGGUUGACGGUGUGAGUGCUGAUUUGCGGACCUUUGAGAGCUUUUUUGACUACGCGGCGAAGUUGCAUGCGGCGCUGCCGGAAGGCGAGGGAGUGUCCAGGCUGCAGUUCUCUUUUGUUAUCGCAGAGCCGGAAGACGACGAGGAUGCUGCAUCGCCGCAGGCACGGGAGAGCGAAGAUGAAGAACCUUCUAGUUCUUCCUAUUAACGAGCGAAGGCUAUAGCUGCUUUCUAAUAUGUGUUUUUGCCGAACUUCUAUGCCUUUGAUCUCACCCGCCGGCUGUCUCAUUACUGUAACUGGCAAACGACAUUCCUGCUUCACUGGACAUUGUCCACGAAGCGCUAGUGCAAUAAGAAAGUCUUGUUGCGCAGCUGCACUGAGAGCUCCGUGUCUGAGAAAACAAUCCAUACUGAAAACAUGAGGCAAUUGUUCUCUUCGAUCACAUAAGUCCAUAGAAUCAGGAUCGAUGUGGACGGUUUGAUUUUUUUUGCUCGAAGUGCACUGGCCGUU